GAUAUGGCAGGAUUGAUAAGCAAGAUUAAUCGUUCCUCUAUAGGUCCUUUGCCGCCUUGCUAUUCCCCAUCCUUGAAAACACUAAUCAAAGGCAUGCUGAGAAAGAACCCUGAGCAUCGGCCAAGUGCAUCUGAGGUUUUGAAGCACCCUUAUUUGCUGCCUUAUGUUGAACAGUAUCGUCCAUCCUUUAGCACUCGAACAGCCUUCUCUCCCGAUAAGCCUAUAUCUAGAGCUCGUGAAUCUCGAAGAAACAUGGCAGAAAGCCAAAACAGUAAUGGUUCAAGCAGUGAUAAAGACAGUUUGCGUUCAAUUGAGAAAAACGUUCCAGAAAUGGAGUCAAACUGUGAUAAUAAAGCUACUGAGACAGAUUUUGUUUCUCUCGAGGAUGAAGAUGGCUCUGAGCAGCUCCUGCCUAUUGAAGAACAUGGCCCAAAUGUUUGUUCUAUUAAAGUGGAACAACAGUUGAUGAAGCCUUCUCAUUCUGAAUUCAAUGUUGAAUUCAGGCAACCAAAAACCAUUAGGAAUAUAAUGCUGGCUUUGAAAGAAGGAAAAGUUAGGGAAAAUAGUUCACCAAUGAGAAGUAAUCGUACAAAGGUUGGUGUGUCCACCCAGAGAACUAACACAGAAGCAGUGUCUAAAAUACCCAGGCUGAGUGAUGUUUCUCCUGGUAUCAAGUCCAGUCCUGAUACACCCACUGUUGCAUCAUCAAUGGCAAUCCCUGAUUCUGCAAAACGGACACAGGGAUCCCAUCCUUUAAAGCAUCCGUUACCCAUAGUUGACUCCUCACCAAAACCUAAACCCAGAAAUGAUGGUACUCCUCCCCCUGUUCCUAUAAAACAAUUUUUUGAUGAUGGAAUUCCUAAGCCUAGGCAAAGGACCCCUCCUACGCUGGCUAGACGUUCAACAUUUCCCGGACGGAUGAAGCAAGUGGGGGUUGAUGUUCCAAAUGCAGUGAGCUAUGCUCCGAGGAUAAGUGCUAGAGAGAUAACACAGGAGCCUGAAAAGAAUCCUCCUCAAGUGCCUAACGGUUGCCUAACAAACUUUCCUAGAGAGGUCACAGAAGAGCCUCAAAGAUAUCAAGAGACAAGUUCGAAAGGAAUGCAGACGGAUAGCAGCAAUUCUAUCUCCUCUUCUGUUUCAAUUCAAGGAUUUGAGAUUUGUGAUGAUGCAACGACUCCUUUUAUUGACAUGACUGAGCAGAUGCUUCCUGAUUAUGGGAGUGUCACACACACUGAGAGUACAGAAUCUCCACCAAGUUGUUCAGCUGCUACUCAUUUUCAUUCAGUGAUGUCUGAGACUGCAAAAAACCAUAAGCAUGAUAAUAAAUCAGAAUGCUUAAUUGAAACCUCUGAGGCUAUUCUAGAUCUUCACAAUACAACAGCUGGUGACGAACAAGUGAAUUUGACUGCCGCUCUUGAUCUCCCUGUCCCGGUUUCUGAAGAAAGAUUUAUUUGCAAUGAUCAUACCCCUGUAAAUAGGCCCAGUAGUACGCCUGGUACAGUGUUCCAGUCAAAAUAUACAUCUACAUCAAGUGGUCAUGACAAGUUCACUGUAAGGGAACUUCUAUCCCCGGUUGCAGACACUACCCUUUCUUCAGACCAAAAAAAAGACACUACCCUUUCUGUUCCCCCUCCCAUUUCAUCAAGCCAAAAUUUAUUUCAGCCAGAUAGAGGAACCAGCUUGCAAACUCCGUCAGGUGAAAAGGCAGCUGCUGCUAAUCUUCCUCCUGCUUUUGAUGAUGUCAUACAUGUAAUACGGCAUAGUAGUUUCCGUGUCGGGAGUGAUCAGCCAGUAAUGGAAUCUGUGGAGAUGGGGGUUCAGAAUGUGGAUGUUGGGAAGCUGAUAAAUGUAGUAAGGGACGAAUUGGAGAUGCGAAAUGUGACUGUUCCUAUUGCUCCUAAAUCCUCAAACUGCUCUGAAACAUUAAGCCCAAAAUCCAAUAAUUCUGAUCACUCGGAUGCCAAAGAAACUGAGAUGAGGAACCUUGUACCGUCAGCUCAAAAAUCUGAUUCCUCUGAGCCAACAAAGCCCAGUCCUCCUAUGACCGAAGAGGAAAUACCAGAAAAGGAAAUAAUGGAUGUCAAGUCUUUUAGGCAGAGAGCAGAGGCACUAGAAGGACUACUAGAACUAUCUGCAGAUUUGCUGCAGCACAACAGAUUGGAGGAACUCUCAGUUGUUUUGAAGCCUUUUGGGAAAGAUAAAGUCUCCCCAAGGGAGACAGCUAUCUGGUUAGCAAAGAGUCUUAAAGGAUUGAGGAUCGAGGAAGGCGGGCGGAGUUCGUGAAGCUCUCUCUAUAGUAAGCUUUCUCUUGUUGAUGUUACUUGAAACUGCAAUACUAAUCUCAGCCUUUUGUCACGCCUCUUGAAAAUUCAAAUCCAUUUUGAAUUCCAGAGAGAACAACCAGGUCUCAAGUUUUUUUUUUUUUAAUUUCUUCAAUUUGUAAUUCUUUGAAUGCAUUCGGUUGUUGUACAUAGUGACCAUACGAAUUAUAACAUUGUCUUCUAGCCAAAUGUAUGAUAUGCUGUUAGCUUGCAGCCAAUGUUAUUAUUGGGGUUGUAACAAAACAAAAAAUUAGUAUUGCUGAAA